AUGGAUCUCAUCAAAUUUGAUCCGAAAACGACUGAUGCGACUGGUUGGGUGAAAAUGGUUGACGAGUGGAUUCGCCGGUAUAAUCCUGAUGAUUAUGAAAUUGUCCAGCAUUUGGCGAAAGCAUUUAAAGACGAAGCGGCACAGUGGUUCACUGGUGUGGAUCCCUCAGGAAAAAGCUGGGUAGAAAUAAGUUCUGAGUUUUUAAGUGCGUAUGCGAAAAAUAAGAACGUUGCGUCGGAGCUGCACACGAUUUGGAUGGAAGACGCAGAGUUUACACUCGAAAAUUUUAUGAAGAAAGGAAGAAAAUUAAAAGCGUGGCUCAACGAGAGAAAAACGGUGGACGAGACUGCAGCUCAACUUACGGGAUUAUCCUAUUCGGCGCAAAAUAGAUUUGUUCGCAACAUCUUUGUGCGAGAAUCUCCUAAAAGCCUACAAGAAGCGAUGGCGUACCUUGAUGGACGAACGACCGACUUCCAUCAACCGCGUGCAUCCUCCAGAGCCCCUGGUCCACAUACUAAGACUUUGGCGCCAAAAAGACAUCGGAAGGCCGAAUGUCAAUCAGCUCUGCAGACACAGCGUGGCAGUUACUCACGGGUCAUCAAGGAACUGGACGGUAGAGGUUUGGGGUCAAAGAAGCCGAUAACCUGCUACAACUAUAAGGAAGAGGGACACAUCGCCCCGAGUUGCCCUAAGAAGAACGAGAAGGUAGUGAGGCUUUGUCAUUCUACCUCCACUGAGAAUACUCUGAAGCUUGCUGACGGUAAGGUGUUGACGUUCAUCUUUGACUCUGGUUCGGACUGUUCUCUUGUAACAGAGAGUUUGGCGGAGAGGUUGCCUGGUAAAAGACAAGUCGUUUGUAUGCGUUUGAGGGGCUUAGGAAAUGGGUAUGUGGAUUGCCGUGAGAUGAUCUCAGUGUGUGCAGAGUUGAAUAGCAUCAAUGUUGAAAUUGAUUUAUAUGUAGUACCGGACGAAAGUUUGUCCACAAAAAUAAUUCUGGGUAAAGAAUUGUUAGCAAAUGGUAUCUCAGUCACAUUAUAUGGAACCAUAGUUAACUUUGCAAAAUUACACAAAUUUGUUGGUGCGUGUGUUGCAACUACUAAUUUUGAUACUGUAGAUUGCGAUGUGGAAGAGAUGAGAGAAUCACUUUUAAAAUUGUUAAGACUGCACGCGGAACAUAUGAGUGUCGAUACUCCUAGGAUUCGUGUAACACUGGCAGCUUUGAGAUGA